UUGAUCACCGCUCGCGUCGCGGCGCGGCACCGUUUCACGAACGUAAACAAUCGAUAAUGUUUUCAAAUCUGCCGAACUUGCAAACGUUUUAAAGAUUCUUGGAUUUAAACCUGAAAAAUGGGCUCCAAACGGAAAAAUAUGGAGGACGAAAUGUCUCGCUUCGAGGCGGAAAUUUCAAAGGCAACCGCCGGUAGCAGCAUCAGCUCUCCGUUUAUUCCCUCCCAGGUGCGAACUGUAAUCGGUUCCCAGACCUACAACCAGGUGCAGCAAAAGUUGGCCACCGUGCCGUCCCGUAUACCGCCGCCGCCAGUUCCUCCCUUUCUGCCAACCUAUUCGACACCGGUGCCUCAGCAGCAGCAGCAGCAUCACUCUUCCCAGCAUGCCGCCGUUCCGGAGAAAUCCUACUCCACGGAACCUACACCGGCAGUGGUCAGCAGUGCUCCAAAGCUGUACAACGCUAGGCCAACCGUGGGCACGCUGCCAAAGGUUGAUGCUCCCGCGGCUGCCAGUAGUUCAAUUGGACCAACCAUUUCGUCUACUCCAGUACAAUCGUACGACAUCGCCAACAUACAGUUUGAAGUAACGACCAAAAUCAAGAAACAGAAAACGGAGAAAUCCGGCCCGAAUCCGAUUGCCGAGGAAGCCAUCAAAGCAGCACGGGCUUCUUCGGCUCUGCAGUCGUUCGGAAAUUCCGAGCGCCGGGGAAAAAAGGACCGUAAGACCGUACGCGUUGCGGGUGGUCAGACGUGGGAGGAUCAAUCCCUAGCGGACUGGCCCGAUGACGAUUUCCGAAUUUUCUGCGGCGAUUUGGGCAACGAUGUGAAUGAUGAAUUGUUGACGCGCACCUUCAACAAAUUUCCUUCGUUCCAGCGCGCCAAAGUGAUACGGGACAAACGAACGAGCAAAAGCAAGGGUUACGGUUUCGUAAGCUUUAAAGAUCCGCAGGAUUUCAUUCGGGCAAUGAAGGAGAUGGAUGGUCGCUACGUUGGCAGCCGACCCAUCAAGCUCCGCAAGAGUACGUGGAAAAAUCGGAGCAUCGAAGCGGUUCGCAAGAAAGAUAAAGAGAAGCAAGCUCUUCUCAGCCUAUUCAAUCAAAAUUAGGUCUUGGUUAUGGAUUGGAGUGGCUUGAGUAGGUCGUUGACAGGUGGGCCCCUUUCACUAGGUCAAUAAUGGUAAGUGUCUCAAUUUCAAACUCAAUUGUAAAGAACUGUUUGCCGAUUGAUAAUACCCAUAACGUAAUAUCCUUCCUUUCAAUAUCCACAAUGAUUUUCUCACAAUGUACAACUCAUUAUUUUUGUCAUUAUUAAAUAAUUAUCCGUUCCAUCGAUUAUUCAAGACAUUUCGUUUUCAAUAAAGUUUUUAAGUGAUAAUGAUGUAAAGAUAGAAUAAAACUCAACUACACAA